UGGUUUAAUAAGUGUAUGUAGUUCAAUUACGAUGAAAACGAAAUUACAAAUUUUAUUGAUUAUAACGUUUAUACUACAAACAAAACAAUCAGAACUUAGGAGAAAGGAAAAAAGAGGUUCAUUCGACGAGUUUCCUAUUGGAAGUUAUGGAUCACAAUCAGAAUGGAAAGGAAUAAAUACCCCGAUACAAAAACAAAAUGCCGGAAUCGAUAGUUAUCUACCAAUUUCUGGAAUCAAAUAUGGAAUAUCUCAAGUACCACAAGUUGUGUCCAAUUCCAUUGAUAAACCAGUUCAAGAAGCACAGGAGGUUAUACCACCGACUUCGUUAGGAAGGGCAAUAAUUCCAGAGAAUCCACCACCUGCCACACCAGUUAACGCAGUGGCUGCAAAUAUACCAAUGAGUCAAGGAGCACUUUUUCUUGGAUCAGGAUCUUUAGGAGUAGUUGAUCUAGGAAACGGAGUAUAUGCUCUGGGUUCAGGAUCCUUGGGAUACUCCAAUAGACGCUCUAACCCCCGACCCAGUAUAAAAUCUCCCCUUUACCCCCCAAUACCAGCCUCCCCCAAUCAAAUACGAGCUGCAGUUCCUAGCUCAAUUCCACCACCACUAAACCCAUUGCCCAGUUACAUGCCAGUUUCUAUGUCUAUAGAUUAUAAUGAUCCUUUACUGAACUACCUCCCACAGCCACCACCAGACGAAAAUGGUUACGAGUAUUUGGCACCAAAUAGAGUGGGAUUUGGUUCCCCCCUCAACUAUGUGCCUAGGAUUAAACCUACAAUGAAUUUUGCUACUCCAACGCCUUUACAGGUUCCACUCGAGGCCAUUCCGCAUUUUCCGUUAAGUAGUUAUCAAUUCGAGGUCGGAUCUCAAGAUGUUUCUAGUCAAACCAUACAAUUUGGAGAAAAAUUACCCAACUUUUAUCCGCAAGAAAUACCCUAUAGAUCGAUAAAAUAAUUUAAAUUAAUUGUAAAACCAACAAUAAAUUAAACAUUUUACAAUAAGGCCAACAGUAGUUCUGCAUCUUGAUUAUAAGAAAAAAUAUUUUUUUGAAUUGACUUAAAAAUUUAACGUGAACAAAUUUAUCCAAAGAUCAAUAUUAUCACUGUUUAUUAUAACAUGUUUGUAA